AUGAUAAGGCCAACCGACAGAAUACAUCGGGAUAAUCACAAAAUGAGCGGACCAGACAAAAAAUACAUCACUGUGUACUACUGCAGAAAUGGUGGAACGAACCACGGAAAGAACAGAAAGGAAAGGCAAGAAAUAAAUAAGGGAUACGUAACGAUAGAAAUAACUAGGAUGAAGCAGAGGAUACACCCCUAUAGGAAGGCAGAAAGCCAGCUUAUUUUUCGAAAGAGGAGUUCGAAAAGCGGCAGACGGAGGGGCAAUGCAAGUAGCAUGGAUAGCGGCAUCGACCGAGUUAGGGAUCCAGGGAAGGAGUCCCUGGCGAGUUGCAUAAACUCCUUUUUGGAAGAAAACGCAAAGUGGAGCUGGAAGAAAAUAUUACUCGACUUGGUGAACGAUACAAAAAACAGAAUCAGCGAAAAGAUUAACGCUUUCCUUAAAGUGUUCGUUUUAAGUGCAGAUUAUUUUCCCAAUGAGCUGCAGAUAAAUGACGACGCGAUGACGAUGAUGAUGGGUCAGGGGCCAACUGGACCCGUGAGCUACUUCAACGCAGAGCGCGCGAAAAUGCUGCUGGAGUCUGCAUCUGUGUACGAUAAAAAAUGCACCACUGAGGGGGUUACAACCCAGGGGAGGUUCUCUGCUUCGAGAUGUCUACCAAUAAAUGGGGACUCCUUCGGACACGCCAAUGAUAACGGAGUUCAUAACAACGCGGGGGUAAGGGACAACAACUACUAUAUUCAUAAUUUGAACAACCUUAAUAGCUUCAACAGAUCACUUUUUAACCACAACAUAUGGGGUCAGUCGGGUUUUUUUACCACCCCCAACUCGGGCAAUGAUUCGUAUUUACCGCAAAAUUGGGAACCCCCCUACUUGCACACACACUCUGCUCCUUCGAAAAAACAAAAUGUAAAAAACUUCUACAUUUCUGUGGUUAACAAAAAAACGAAUGUGAAGGAGGUGAGGAAAAUUAGCCUCAUGGAAAUUUGCAGCUCUCCCUACUUCUUCCUGUGCCAAGGGUUUCUCUCAGACUUGGAGAGCUACUUAGCUCUGAAUCACUGCCUUUUGUAUCUUAAGAAAAAAAAAGCAGAGCUCUCGCAGAUCAACGUGAACUUGUUCUCCUCCCUGAUAGACGUCGAUGAAGUCAACUUCUUAGAAGAAGGUGUGUCCAAAUCCAUUCUCAGACACGCCAUUAGAAGACUCACCACUUUGUUCAAAAUUCCAACUGAUGACAUAAAAUCGGUAGAGUUCUGUCUGUACAUAAAAGGCAGCGAACAGAUGGAGACCCUAAAUUUUACCCGACGGAGUAUUUACAGAUAUUUCAUUUUUAUAUUUUUAACCAGCGAAGAGGGAAACUUUAUGGUGUUCCCCCGGAGUGGGCUGAAAAUUAUGACCAGCAUUGGGAACUGCGUGAUAUGUGAAUUCUCCGGGGUGGAGAAUGAUUCCAGCCCAAGCAACAGUGGCUUCAAAUUCGAUCUCUCAGAAGAGAAACUGUUCUUCCUAAAAGUUAACCUCCAGGAAAACGUAGAUUUGCACCAACUGUUAGUAAAAGAAACGGGUGCUGCCGCAACAGCUGGUACGUCGUUUCCCAGGGCCUCCACAUUUGCAGAAUUGUCCUGCACAGGCUCUCCUAAUGCCAAUUAUUCUUAUAAUUAUUCUCCUCCCCAUGCCCAUGUUAUCUCCAACCGUAUGAACCUCACUAGCGUUGGCUUCAACCCGGUGAUCAAUCCAUUUUCGUGUGUUCAGCAGAACGUAGACACCAUCAACAGAAAGAUAAUGCAGCUGAACAUGAACAGUAUGCGCAACUUAUACUUAAGGACGAAUACUGCUAAAAAUUGCGCAGCCCCCUUUGUCGUGCCCGUUUCGCAGUUUUCACAGCACCAAAUGGGGGAUAACUCCCCCAAAGGUGCUAACGAACAUAUGUUGCACGUGAGAAAUGAGUUACCCAUUAACCAACACAUUUGGUAA